CUUUCAUUCCCCUAUCUCAAGCAGUCAAACUCACCCCUCCCUUCCUCUCUGCUUUUACUUUGCUAAGUCCAAGCUUUCGACAAUGGCCGAACCCUCUACCAUUUCACCAGCUCCCCUCUUGAAAGAUGAGCUCGACAUAGUCAUUCCAACCAUUCGGAACUUGGACUUUUUGGAGAUGUGGAGGCCCUUUUUCCAGCCUUACCAUCUCAUCAUUGUUCAAGAUGGCGAUCCUUCCAAAACCAUCAAGGUUCCGGAGGGCUUCGACUAUGAGCUUUACAAUAGGAACGAUAUCAACAGGAUUUUGGGUCCUAAGUCUUCUUGUAUCUCUUUCAAGGAUUCUGCUUGUCGCUGCUUUGGUUACAUGGUUUCCAAGAAGAAGUACAUUUAUACCAUUGAUGAUGACUGCUUUGUUGCGAAAGAUCCAUCCGGCAAAGACAUUAACGCACUGGAGCAGCACAUAAAGAACCUUCUUUGUCCAUCUACUCCGUUUUUCUUCAACACUCUCUAUGACCCGUACCGAGCUGGUGCAGAUUUCGUUCGUGGGUACCCAUUCAGUCUCCGCGAAGGUGUUCCCACUGCCGUUUCUCAUGGCCUCUGGCUCAACAUCCCGGAUUAUGAUGCACCAACUCAGCUUGUCAAGCCUCUUGAGAGAAACACCAGGUACGUUGAUGCUAUUAUGACAAUACCGAAGGGAACCCUCUUUCCCAUGUGUGGUAUGAAUCUGGCAUUCAACCGUGAAUUGAUCGGCCCUGCUAUGUACUUUGGACUCAUGGGUGAUGGUCAGCCUAUUGGUCGAUACGAUGAUAUGUGGGCUGGCUGGUGUACCAAGGUCAUAUGUGAUCACCUCGGACUGGGAGUGAAGACAGGAUUGCCUUACAUUUGGCACAGCAAAGCGAGCAACCCGUUUGUGAAUCUUAGGAAAGAAUACAAAGGAAUUUACUGGCAAGAAGAGUUGAUCCCGUUCUUCCAGUCUGUUACCCUUCCUAAGGACUGCACCUCGGUUCAGAAAUGCUACAUCGAAAUCUCCAAGCAGGUCAAGGCAAAACUAGGCAAGGUAGAUGACUACUUCAACAAGCUGGCUGAUGCUAUGGUGACCUGGAUCGAAGCAUGGGAUGAGCUGAAUCCAUCUGGUGCAAAAUCCGCCGAGCUGUCCAAUGGUGCUUCGAAGUAGGCUUGUUCAGUAAGCAGCUAACAUAUUGUUUAGCAGCCCCAGGCUUGUUUGGGGAUCACCGACACUUGCCAAAGCUCCAUUGCUUGGAGUGCUUAUUUUGCAGGUUGGAGGAGGAUGGGCACAUUGUUAUUUUAUCAUAUUAUUACCGAGUUUAGAACAAUAAAAAAUGGAUGGCUUUAUGGCUUCUUAUGUAUUUGGCACUAGAAAUUGAUGGCUUAUAUCUUAAAUUAUUUUUAUUUAUACAAUGAUUGGGAUUGUUUCUUUUUGAAAA